AUGCUGGGCGGAAUUUCCCAAGACCCCGCGGCAAAGAAUCUUCACAACUGGCAUCAAGUGUUGAAAGUUGAUCGGAAAAAACAAGUCCUUUUCAUGCACCGAGUUUUGCUGCUUCACGACAUAGCGUCUAAGAAGGGGGGGCCAGGGAGAGCAAGCUCCAAUCGACUUAGUUUGGAGAACUGGGUCCUGGAAUGUGAUAGAGCCUGUUUGGUGGGUCACAUCUUGCAAGACUUGGCAAGUGCAUGUGAUCCUAUGGGUGCUGCCGCUGUAACGGAAGAGACCAUUGAUUCCAUUGCUCUUCGUGCUGUGGAAGGGGACUUUGUGACAGAAGCUGAUGAGGCACUGGCCUGCAUGGAGCCUACAUGGACAUCAGAGAGCUCUUCCAUCUUUAAGGAUCACAUGCCGAAACCAAUUGACACAACACAGGACAAACUUGCAGAGGCUGAUGAAAAGGUGUCCAUUCUCACCAUGGAUGCUAGGAAGGCUCAGUUUGAGGCUGACACACUUGCCCUUGCACGUGACAUUGCGCAAAUUGGCGCUAUCUACAAAGAGGUGACCAAGUCAGAGAACGCACGCAGACUAGAGAAAGUUGUCCAUUUGCGGGCACAAAACGUCAUAGGUGCUUCAAUUGUUUCUGACUUUAUGGCGGACAAUUUGGCAGUUGUGUCUGGGGUGAUCAAGGAUCAAAUGGCAUCGAUUGACAGGUUUCUCAUGCGCUACCCGGAGUUGCCCACGAUCGUAUGGUGUGACAUGAUGAAAUGUGGUCGAACUACAAUGUCCGAGAUUGAUGAGAUGGUAACAUUGAUGGCCCAUGUCCUUCACAAACGGCCCAAAGGUGUGGGCAUCCUCAUCGCGCCGUUCCUUGUGUCGGAGAAGCAAGCUGGCUACCGAGGGCAGAGCUGGGAGGACAAGAUGGAUGCGAAAGGGUUGGUUAGUGAGGCGGUGGCAAUCCGCUGUUCCCCACCGCCCGCAAGGUCUGACAAAUACCUGGAGGAGAACCCCUUCCGAGGAUGCCAAUUGCUGCUUGACAGGGCCACUCGUCAGGAUGUCCCUUGGCAAAUGGAAGCCAACUACAUCGUGCCCAGUGCUGAGAAAGACGGUAUACCACAUGCAUCGGAAGGAAUGAGGAGUUUGAGUGAUGUUCAAGAAGCAGCUCAAUUCUUGGCCGGUGACCAAUUGCCAGUGAUUUUGAUUUCAGGUCUCCUCUCCAAAUCCAAACUUGAGAGUGUCACAACCUUGGGACUCAUCAACUUGACCCCAUAUGAUUCUUGGUUGGAGAAGGUGGCCAAACGUGGCUUGGACACUGUGGGUUUCAAAAGUUUGAGUUUGACGAAGAACUUGAACACGGCACUUUUUGUGGAAAAGACCAUGGCACUGGAGCUUCUCCAGGACUGGAAGCAUGGGAGCACAAGCCGGUUUGGCAAUGUGCGAGCCUAUGAACCAAUGCCGCCACCCCCACCAGCUGGUCAGCGAGAAGGCUUCGACCCUGCCCUCUUCCCCUUGAAGAUUGUGAAGCUAGAUUUUGAUCUCAACCCUUCCAAACGUGGUUGGGACAAGUUUAAACUCAGCUUACCACCAGCGGUACGGAGUCGGCACUUAGAGGAUCCCGUGUAUGGGCCCGAUUGGGCUGAGCUUCUUCGAGACUUUGAUGACAAGCCCAUUGGUCAUGACUUGUAUGGAAAACGUCAGGUUGCUGAGCUUCAGGCUGCGCUCAUUGCGAAGCAAGAGCAAGAAGCUGAAGCCAAGCAGGAGAAGGUUGUGCCCUGGGAGGAGCCAACGACCCUAGAGACUCUUCAAGACCAAUACAUCGUUGAGAGCAAGUUCAGUGCCAGGUCCCACUGCACAACGUUGAUUCUUGUGGGUGCAAAGAAGCGUGAUGGUUCAGUGAAUCAGGUUGUGCCAGGGCAAAAGUACAAGCUUUUCAUAGCAGCCCAUGCCGCUUGUGUCCUCCCCGCCACAGACUACCAGCUUGCCCAUGGGGCCUCGAAAUUCGUGAAGCCAGAAAGAGUUCAAGUUCUCCAGCGACAGGAGAAAGAAGGCAUCCCUGACGAGUUUGGGGUAAAGAUGAAAGACUUCGUGCCGGAUCCACUUGGAAAAGAGCUCUGUCAAGACUAUGAGGCCAUGGUCGAUGCCAGCCCUGCUGCCGCUGUCCCUGCUUUGAGGAGCCCACAGCUAUCAGCCCAGAAGGAGGAAAGCAAGGCCAAUUUACCUUGGUCACUGUCCAUGCUGAAUCAGCCGGAAACCAAUCCAAUCGCCAAGAAAAUCAAUGUUCCAGAUCGAAGGUCAGCACUAGCUGAAGAACACGUCGCACCAAAGAGUCUCCGUGUCCAGUUUGCUGAGUCUGCUACGACUAUAGCAGCCGAGCCAGCACAUAGUGAGACUACAGAGUCAGUGCUCAAGACUGUUGAAUCUUCAGCUCCAGCCCCGGAACCCAGUGAGAAAAGUGAUGAAGGUGUGAAGGCCCCAAAGAAUGGAAAAACGGAGCUUGCAAUCGUCAUGCCAGCCCAGGGGGAAGCCGGGCCACCACCUAGCACGCUGAUGCCGAUGACUGUUGCAAGCACCAAUGCCAACAACGACCCAGAUAUGAGCAAACAAAAGAGGGAAGAUCUUAGCAAGCGGCUUGAGGCUGCAAAGCAGAAAGCCAAGCCCGAAAGGAAGAACGCAGCCAAGGGAAAGGCAAAGGCAAAGGCCAAAAUGGCCACCAAGAGCAAAGCAAAAAAACCAGUCGAAGAGGAGGACGAUGAGAACCCAUUGGAGCCUGAAUCCAAUGUGUCGGAGGAAGAAAGCAAUGGAAAGUCAGCUGACGAACAGGUGGAGGAUGUGACAACCCAAGAGAAGAACCCUCCUGCUCCUGCUGAAGCAGUUCCGCCCACUGCAGCAGUUCCGCCCGUUGCACCACAGUCGUUAUUGGCUCAUGCCGUCCAGAAAGCAGUUCAUGGAAAAAACAAUGCAAACGCAUCCCCAGAAAACACAGCCAAAGCCAAGCCAGAUGUAAAGAAAAGGGGUCGAGAACCUAAGGCAAAGCAGCCUACCAGCAAGAAAGCCAAGAAGGAAGCAGAGGAAGAUCAGCAGGAGGAAGCUGACGACAGCAACACAGUGCCUGCCAAGCCUGCUGUGGCUCGUCCCAAGCGCAAGCCACCAGCCGCAAAGCAGACAAAGGAGCAGAAGCCAAGUAAGGGAUCCAAGGGUUCAAAAGCUGACAAGAGUGAGGAAAGCCCCAAAGGGGAGGAAGAGAUCCACACCGAGAAAGAACCGUCGAAGACGGAUGAUAGUCAGGAAGCUGCUGAGAUUAGCAAAGAGACCAAGCAGGAAAAGAACACCAAGAAGGGUAAGGCCAAAAAGGCUGAGAAAGCAAAGGAUGACCAAGAAGAGGAGAAGAAGGAGCCAAAGAAGAGCGGGGCUCUUGGACGUGUGGGGAUGAGGGAUGUGUAUUGGAAGCACAUCGCGGAGUCCAAAAAAAGGUUGACGGAUGAAAAUCCCACCAAGAGCAAGUAUGAGAUCUUGGGUAUGGCCCGGGCCGAGUGGCAGACCCACCCGGAGCGUGUGAACAACAUGAAGAAUUUGCCACCUUCGGAGCUGUCCCGCCGACGUUUGGUUCCGUCCAAGCGACAGCGCAAGGUGCCCAAAGAUGAAGAAAUUGCCGAGGACGCCGAGGGUCCUGCCGACGAAGGACAUAUCGCUUCUGAUGCUCUCAAUGACUUCCCCCCCCAGAAAGUGGAUGAUGACGUCACUGAUGGUGAACCUGCUGAGUCUGAGUGA